AUGCUCUCUGAGAAUCUAAUAUUGUGCUUGCCAGAUAUGGAUUCGAUCGACAGUGUAGCAACCCUUAUUUGUACAAAAAACAAGAAAAACAAGAAAAACAAGAAAAACAAGAAAAACAAGAAAAACAAGAAAAACAAGAAAAACAAGAAAAACAAGAAAAACAAGAAAAACAAGAAAAACAAGAAAAACAAGAAAAACAAGAAAAACAAGAAAAACAAGAAAAAGAAAAAGAAAAAGAAAUGGGAGUUGUAUUAG